AUGGCCAGCCGCACGUGGACCUGCAUCUAUGUGCAAGCUCUUCUGGUAUGUGGGUCGCUCAACACGAUCACCAUGAAGGUGGCCUUCACCAUGUCCGGUACUGCUGAUGGCCACACGGAGCGCUUCGAGAAGCCAUGGCUGAUGACCUUUAUCAUGUUCGUCUCCAUGACGCUUGCCUUGCCCUUCGAUGCUGGCAUGUGGAAGCGGAGCGCCCCACCUGAGCCGCUUCUUGGGCAGGUUGCGGAUCACUGGCGCGGGAAGGUGAUCAAAGUCAUGAUCCCAGCGUUCUUUGACAUCCUGGCGACUGGCCUUUGCUGCAUGGGCUUCCUGUACAUACCCGCCAGCGUCUGGCAGCUUCUAAGAGGUGCAGAAAUCGUCUUCGCCGCCAUCUUCGCAGUGACUUGCCUUCACCGGCGCCUGUAUUGCUUCCAGUAUAUUGGCCUGGCUUUCUGCGUGGCCGGCAUCUUCUUUGUGGGACUGGCCAGUGUGUGGGGCGGUGACAGUGAGGAGGAGGAGGCAGACGGUAAGGACUCCGGCAACAGCGAGAUGCUGCUGCUUGGAAUCUGCCUGGCGCUGGCAGGCCAGGUGGUCCAAGCGGCCCAGGCGGUGGCCGAAGAGUGGCUACUGCAGGAUGUCGACCUACCAGGCCUACAAGUUGUGGGCUUCGAGGGGGUGUGGGGAUCGUUGGCAAUGCUCGCUUUUGUGUUCCCAACGCUGUACACGCUGCCUGGGCAAGACCAUGGGCGUGCCGAAGAUGAGGGCAACGCGUUCCAACUGCUCAGGAGUAACCCGAUGCUGAGUGCAUUGAUGGCCUUGUACAUCUUCUCCUGUGCCACCUACAACAUCUCAGGGAUUGCAGUCACCGGAGCGCUGUCUGCGGUGCAUAGAGUGAUGAUAGAGGCACUGCGAAGUUUGAUUGUAUGGGCCUUUGGACUGGGUGUCCACUACCUCGUGGAUGACAAGUCCCCGUUCGGAGAAACUUGGACGCCCUACAGCUGGCUGGAGGUUGCUGGCUUCGUCCUCUUGAUGAUUGGCCAAGUGAUCUAUGGCGCAAUGCUUAAGAUACCGCGGCUCUACUACCCGCCGGCAGAGGAAAUCUCCCACGAUGUGGUGGCAUCUCCUGGUUCCCUCAGAAACUUGAGCGCCGCGCCGUAUGCGCGCUUAGUCAGCCCGGGCUCCAACGAUGGGCGUGCCCAAAGCCCGGUGCGAAUCGCUUUCAAAAAGGCAGAAGAUGCAGUGCAAGUCUUUCCCUAUUGCAGCCGGGUGGCGACAUCGUGGUUCAACAAUGACAAUGGGCUCGCUGGGAUGACAAUGUUGGAGAAAACGCACGUCACGGUGGACUCUUGGGCUUUCAGCAGCCAGCAUGGACUCAUUUUGAAACGGCCCGUGGCCCUUCUAAUCCGAGUCCUGCAGUGCCUGGAAGCGGAGUCGCUCCUGGAGGCCACGUUGCUGUGCCGCGACGUGGCAGCGGCAGUGAAACCUGCGGAAUAUUGGCUGUGGCGCCAGCUCUUCGAGAAGGAAAGGCGCAGUGAUGAGUGGGCCGACGAGUCCGAGGAGCCAGAAAGCGGAGCGCUCCGCAAGGCUGAGGAACUUCUCGGCUCUGGCUCUGAACUUUCUGCAAAACUCGCGUUUCGCUUGCGCCGAUACUUAGCACGGCGGAGAAUGCCAAGUCUGCCGGAUGCGCUGCGAUGUGCAGCAGACCAUGGGCACCAGGCUGUUCUGGAGCUGCUGCUGCAUCUUCGCGCCGAUCCCAAUGUUCCGGCCGACACUGGCGCCUAUGGCGUCGGCUUCACACAGGUGGGGGCAUAUCCAUUGCACCUGGCCGCAAAACGUGGCCGGCUCGAAGUGAUGGAGGUGUUGCUGAAAGCAGGAGCCAGCAUAGAUGCCGCCGACCAAAAUGGGCGGACGGGGCUAAUGGUGGCAGCUGCCAGCGGCCAGCAUGCUGCCAUUCUCUGGCUGCUUUGUCAUCGGGCUGCAGCUGACUGCAUGACCCACUAUGGCUACACGGCCCUGCACUACGCCGCCCUCGUUCCAAGACCCGAGGUGGUCCAUGCGUUGUUAGAGGGUCGCGCGAGCUCAAAUGUGGUCGACCGUGAAGGACGCAGUGCUCUUCACGCAGCUCUCUCAACGUUGCCAAGGGCGCGUACAGAGGGUCUUGUCAUGACUACGAGCUUUGAUCCAUCAGGCAUUGGUGACGAGUACUGCUAUGAGAAUGACAUCUCUCAUGGCUAUCGAAGAAACGAGCAGGAGGAGGCGCAAGUUCAGGCGGUGCAGAAGGCCGUCACGGCACUGGUACGCCAUGGAGCCGAUGCGUCGCAGCGAGACUGUUCUGGCCGAUCGGCCAUAGACGUGGUCCAGGACUGCUUGCUUGAGAGUGACGCCCACAUAGGCAUAAAUGGCUGGACUUGUAGAGCGGAGAAGGUGGGUGUGGAUACCUCCACUGGCGAAGCCCACUUUGAGAAACGCGUCUGGCACAUUCUGGCACGGCAGGGGCAGGUUCCAAAGUGGACCCAGCAGCGUUGCGCCAUAAAACGCGCCACAACCGCGGACAAGCGCCAAUGUGUAGCUGUGACAGAGCAUUGCGAGAAAGGCGAGUGGUGUGCUCUGCCUGACAACUUCCUUUCUGCCAAUGAAGCCUUUGAGUUCGCCCUUCUUCGCAUCAAUGAGAUGCGGCAGAAGUGCUACGGCUUCACGCUGGCACCGGUUCGACGCCAAGACUACACGGUGGCUGGAACGGUACGCAAGGACAUGGAAGGCUACUCAAUCUACAAGCUGCUUCUGAAACCGACGAACAAGUUCGUCCCGACAGCUGUAGAGGUUGAAGUGGCCCACUUGCACCGCAUCACUGACCUGUCUAUCUUCCAGGUUACGAAGGUCAAGCCGUUGGCUUGCAGCCUCUUCAGUGCAGCCGACGAUGCUGAGCUCCUUAUUCCGACAAACUGGCAAGAAGCCAAGGAGGCGGCCGAGACGGCACGAACGGUUUUCAAUGAACAGCGGAAGACGUUUUGCCCAGAGCGCCCGCAGCUGCAGCUUCUCCGCAUCCUCGCAGCGGCGCGGCAGCCCGCAGAGGGCAAGGUGCUCAGACUUCAGCUAGAGAUGCGAGAGGAGAUUGAAGCUUUCGGCAGAAGCAGCGGCUCCUUCGAAGAGCAAGUCCUGGUGUCAUAUGCCCUCGAUCAUAGUGUGCCGGAGGAGAUGGCACUGGCACCUGAGGUCUAUGCAGGCCGAUAUCCGUGCAAGAUGGUGCAUCAGGAGGAUGAGCAGACAGCGCUGGACUUCUUCAAUGCCAGCCGCCGACUGGGCGGCCAGGUGCCAGAGCGGAGGCUCUCCUGGGAUCCCACUUCUGCUUCAGAAGCCGCUGCUGCAGCUGGACGUGACCAUCAGCUGGAGCGCCCCUUCGAGGAGCAAGGCUUGGAUCUCCCGGACAACUUUGACCCGCGUGUGGAGAAGACGCUGUGCUUUCCGCGUGGCAUCUCCCGGCAUCAAGGAAGCUGCGGUUCCAGUUGGGCUUUUGCUGCGACAGCUGUGGCCUCCUUCCGUGAAUGUCUGGUGAAGCUUCAUGGAGGUGAGGAGCCUGCUUCGUUGAGCUUCCUCUCAGCCCAGGAGCUGGUUUCGUGCUCAGCGCAUCACGGAUGUUCCGGGGGAAGUGCGGCCGAGGCUUUCUACUACAUGAAGCAGCACGGAGUGGCCAGGGAAACGUGCUCACCAUAUCGAAUGCGGUGCUUCCACGACCAGUCGACAAUAUCGAUGGAGGCUGCGGACUUCAAGACGGCCGUGGCCCACGCAAAGAGUUCGGAAGCUGCCACAAUGUGUCACGAAGAUGCUGAUACGGAAACCACUUCCUGCAAGUGCCUGCCAAGCGUCUUCCACCUCACGAGCGCGGUCGCCUGUGACCUGCUCCCUGCAGCAUGCCCCAAGACGCGACUCCCAAGCUAUUUCAAGAUCUUGGGGAUCAUGGAGGGCAACACCGUGCCUGAGCUGGAGCGUCACAUGAUGCAGGAGCUCAUUACCGAUGGUCCUCUGUACGUGUCGUUCCUCCUGUACCAGGACUUCUUUGACAGUACUUCGUGGUCGGAGAGUGGGAUUUACGAGCACAAGCAUGGCGAUGCUCUUGGGAGGCAUGGCGCCGCACUAAUUGGCUGGGGCACAGACAUGAACAGCCGCGACUACUGGUUGCUCCUCAAUUCCUUUGGAAUGGAGUGGCAGCAGGGCGGCUACUUCAAGGUUCUUCGUGGAGACACCGCGACGGAGCUGCUCCACUACGGUGCCUGGGGCGCAGAUUUUCAACUAACUGAAGAUGAGAAGAAGCGUGCCCCGGCGAUCUUUGCCGUGGAGGUAUCCUUCUCACCGGUGCCCCUGCGGCAUGGCAUCGCCAGCGAGCCUUUGACAGAGCUUGCACAUGUUUGGCUGCGGGUCGCUUUUGCCACUGAUGAGCCGGCAAAGGCACUGGUACGUGUGCUUGGACUGGCGAGUGGGAUGUCUGCAGAAGUUUCAGAGAACCUCACGACCGCCAACAUUGAUAAACUCGGAGAUGUAGAAGGAGGUGAGGGCCACAUCGUGCAAAUCGACUUGAUGAAGCAUGACCUGCUGGGUGAUCGACUCGAACUACGUGUUUGGGCCUCUGACAAGGCCGAAAACACAGGAAGCUGGGGGCCGGUAGCCUUCGACGUCCCAGCGCUGGAGGUCUUCAGGAAGUCUCUCUCUGGCGUCGAAACCAGUCGAAGACUAGAAGAUGGAGGCCAAGUCUUCUCGCCUGUGCUGCAGAAGGAGUCCAUGCGCGUCCACGCCGACCCCAGAUGGGAAGUCGACAGUCACGACGGUCUUGAGCUUCACAUCUGA